CAGAGCUCCGUGCCGUUGCAGAUCUGGCCCGUGCAGAGCAGAUACCGGUCAACAGUCAGCGCCGAGGAUUAUGAAGAGAGGCAGCCCAGUCUAAAGGGGGGAUACAACUGGUUUCCGCUAGUCCACGGACUCAUACAGCCUCUGAAGACUGUGCCACGCGUUUUGUUUUGUUUUCUUCCCUUCAGUCGCCCUGUAACGGUAGCUACAAUACGGUACUAUCGCUGAAAAAUGUCAGUGGUGGGAUUUGACUUGGGCUUUCAGAGCUGCUAUGUGGCUGUAGCCCGAGCCGGAGGGAUUGAGACCAUCGCCAACGAGUACAGCGACCGAUGUACACCAUCAUUUGUCUCAUUUGGACAACGAAAUCGAGCCAUAGGAGCAGCGGCGAAAAGCCAGGUGGUGACCAAUUGUAAGAACACGGUGCAGGGCUUCAAGCGUUUCCAUGGCAGGGCGUUCUCCGACCCCUACAUCCAGUCAGCCAAGUCUAAACUGGUGUAUGACUUGGCACAGAUGCCUUCUGGAUCCACUGGGAUCAAAGUGAUGUACAUGGAGGAGGAGAAAGUGUUCAGUAUCGAGCAGGUCACCGCCAUGCUGCUGACCAAACUGAAGGAGACUGCUGAGAGUGCACUGAAGAAACCAGUGGCCGACUGUGUCAUCUCUGUCCCCAGCUACUUCACUGACACAGAAAGGAGGUCUGUCAUAGAUGCAGCUCAGAUUGCAGGCCUCAACUGUCUGCGACUCAUGAAUGAGACCACUGCAGUGACCCUGGCAUAUGGCAUCUACAAGCAGGACCUGCCAGCCCCGGAGGAGAAGCCCAGGACGGUGGUGUUUGUGGACCUCGGCCACUCGGGCUACCAGGUGUCAGUGUGUGCCUUCAACAAGGGAAAGCUCAAGGUCUUGGCUACAGCGUUCGACUCUGAGCUUGGUGGGAAGGACUUUGACGACAUCCUGGUCAGCCACUUCUGUGAGGAGUUUGGUAAGAAGUACAAGCUUGAUGUCAAGUCCAAGCCCCGGGCGCUGGUGCGGCUCUACCAGGAGUGUGAGAAGCUCAAGAAGCUGAUGAGCGCCAACUCCUCUGACCUGCCACUCAACAUCGAGUGCUUCAUGAACGACAUUGACGUUACCGGUACACUUAACAGAGGUCAGUUUGAGGAGAUGUGCGCAGGGCUGCUGGCCAAAGUGGAGGGUCCCCUGCGCAGCGUCAUGGAACAGGCCAAGCUGAAGAAGGAGGACAUCUAUGCAGUGGAGAUUGUGGGCGGGGCUUCCAGAAUCCCUGCCAUCAAAGAGAGAAUCAGCAAAUUCUUUGGCAAAGAGCUGAGCACCACUCUGAACGCAGACGAGGCCGUGGCCCGGGGCUGUGCUCUGCAGUGCGCUAUCCUGUCGCCGGCCUUCAAAGUCAGAGAGUUCUCCAUUACAGACGUCGUUCCCUACCCCAUCUCCCUAAAAUGGAAUUCAGCAGCAGAGGAGGGACUGAGUGAUUGUGAAGUUUUCCCAAAGAACCACGCAGCCCCCUUCUCCAAAGUGUUGACCUUCUACAGGAAAGAUCCCUUCUCCCUUGAAGCAUACUACAACAACCCCAAAGAGCUACCCUAUCCCAGCCCCACUAUAGGCCAGUUUGUGAUCCAGAACGUUGUCCCUCAGGCGUCUGGGGAGAGCUCAAAGGUCAAAGUAAAAGUACGGAUCAACGUCCACGGGGUGUUCAGUGUCUCGAGCGCCUCACUAGUAGAGAUUGUCAAAACGGCUGAGGGGGAGGAGCCAAUGGAGACAGACCAGGCGGCGAAGGAGGACGAGAACAAAAUGCAGGUGGACCAGGAGGAGCAGAAAUCCCAGGGCAGCGACAAUGGAGACAAGAAAUCAGAGAAUGAUGACAUGGAGACAUCGACGGAGGACGGCAAGCAGGAGAAGAAGACAGACCAGCCCCCGCAGGCAAAGAAGCCCAAAGUGAAGACGAAGACGGUGGAGCUGCCCAUAGAAAACAAUCUGCACUGGCAGCUGGCCAAUGAAACGCUAAAUUUGUUUGUGGAGAAUGAGGGUAAGAUGAUCAUGCAGGACAAGCUGGAGAAAGAGAGGAACGACGCAAAGAACAAUGUGGAGGAGUACGUGUAUGACAUGAGGGACAAACUACAUGGUGUCCUGGAGAAGUUUGUCAGUGAAGCUGACCGAGAUGCAUUCUCGUUAAAACUGGAGGACACAGAGAACUGGCUAUAUGAAGAUGGAGAGGACCAACAGAAACAAGUUUACAUUGACAAACUGGCUGAACUAAAGAAACUUGGUCAGCCUAUUUACGAGAGGUACAUGGAAGCUGAGGAGAGACCAAAAGCCUUUGAUGAGCUCGGUAAACAGAUCCAGAUGUACAUGAAGAUCAUCGAAGCCUACAAGACAAAGGACGAGCAGUACGAACACCUGGAUGAGCUGGAGGUGACCCGGGUGGACAAGCAGGUGAACGAUGCCAUGGUCUGGAUGAACAGCAAGAUGAACCAGCAGAGCAAACAGGACCUCACUCAGGACCCUGCAGUCAGAGUCACAGAGAUCCAGGCUAAAACCAAGGAGCUUUAUUCAGCCUGCAACCCUGUGGUUUCCAAACCCAAGCCCAAGGUGGAGCCUCCCAAGGAGGAGAAGACUGAGAAUGGGCCAGUCAAUGGCAAGGAGGGAACAGAGGGGCAGCCAUGCAGCCCGGACAAGACCGCAAACGAAGGCACAGAACAGGCGACAGCAGAGAAUAAGCUCCCUGAAAUGGACAUUGACUAACUGCUGCAGCUGCCAUCCUGCGUUUCACCUUUGUUUGUCCUGCUACUCGCUUCCAAUUCUCUCAUUCUGAGAUUGUUAUUGAUGAUAAAGUAGCCACUUUUUGAAGACACAGACAGGAGUAUUCCCUAUAAAUACUAUUCAUCAAUUAGCCUUCUCGGCAUGUCUUGCUCAGUUUCUUUGCUGUUGACGAAUACAAAAAUACUGCAUAUUAUUAAUAUUGAACGGGCUAGGGUAUGGCAUAAAAGUUGUGAGUGUGGGAUGGAAACUGCUUUCUCUGUGUUGCUUUGAUGGUCAUUUUGUUAAAAGAUUGUUUUACAUAGCAUCUCCUCAGCGCACUUCGGUUACGAAAGACUGAUUCUAAGAAUUAUAAGCAGAGGUCAUGCAGAAGAAAAUAGUAAUAGACUAAAGUUUCAUGAAAAUGUUAAAUAUUUCAGUAUGUCUGAAUGGGGAAUAGGCAAAGUGGCAAUUUUGAACAAAAGUGGAAUGUUCUCAGUUGUACAUGACAUAAAUAGUGCAUUUUUCUCACUAUGGACGAACUUGUAAUUGCUGGAUUAUCAUGUAUUUAGUUCAGGAAGACAUGAAUGGCUGAGGACUUAAAGGUUAGAGUUUUCACACGACUUAACUGUACUGUAUGUUGAAACUAGAUACUCCGAGUUACUGUCAUGCAGUAUUUCAUUGUUUGGCUUUUCUCAUUCAAAAGCAAUGGUCUGUGGGUUGUUCUCUGGUAUAGCCGUGUAUUGUUUUUCUACUUUAAACAACAGCGUGAAUGCUGGUCUAACAAAACACCCACUGGGUGCUGCUGUUACCACAUCACCAAAAAAGGCGAAAAUAAAUCUUGACAAUUUCG